UGCCUUGCCCACUAGGCCACACGCCAACACCAUGGUGUACUGAUAAAAAUUGGUUAAUAAAAUGAAGUAAAAUUGGCUACGAGACUUUUGAUUGGCCAGCUCAUUCUGUUCCUUGUGCUUAGUUCCCGCAUGGCCAGUUUUCUGAUUUAGAUAUUUGUCAGGGAUAAUUUUCAGAUCUUGCACUUGAACAAGCACACAAUGUUUACAGAAACAAUGCACAGCUGACAAGCCUGCUGUUUUGCAGAUGAGAUCUUUCCCCACCCACCAAGCUCUGUGGAAAAACAUAACGAAAGCAAGAACACAAGGGGAGGUGCAGUUAGAAUGGACGUGUUGAAUGACCACUGGUGGGAAAAUUGUACCAGAGUGGCUUGGGACAAGGUGACAUCAUCUCCAGGAGUGCGUUCAACCAGACCUAUAUCUGUUGUUUUGUAUGAUUUAAGAGACUGCGUGAUGAUUUCAACAUCACACAAGCACAGGAAUUUUGUGUCUGAACCAAUGGGAAACAAAUCAGUUUCUGCCCUGGCUGGAAUCGGAGCAACACUUGGAAGAAAACUAGAAGAACAAGGUUUUGAUAAGGCUUAUGAAGUGCUAGGCCAGUUCCUUGUUCUGAGAAAGGAUGAUGAAUUAUUUAAAGACUGGUUGAAAGAUAUUUGUGGAGCCAACAGCAGACAAGCUGGACAGUGUGUCUUCUGUUUACAGGAAUGGUGCAAUGCUUUCCUGUAGUUAAUAUUCUUGUCUAAAGCAUGUAUGAAUUUCGUUACUUAUGAUCUGGAUUAAUA